AAAAAUGCAACAAAGUUAAGGAGCAGGCUUAAAGGCUUAUUAUUAAUCAAAAAUAGAAGAAAUAAGAUUAAAAGUAAACGAAAAAAUAUCAAACAACAAGCGUUUAGAAGCAUAAAGAAAUGAAUAUAAUAACUAAGUCAGAACAUUAAAAGAGGAAUAUUAUUCAUUAUAAUCUCCUCAUUCAUAUGUAGGCGAUGUAGUUAAGGCAAUAGGCAAAAACAAAGUGUUAGUUAAAAUAUCCACAGAUGGAAAAUACGUAGUAAAUAUAGAUAAAUCAAUAAAAAUAGAAGAAUGUCUUCCAAACACAAGAGUAGCAUUAAAAGGAGAUUCAUACGUUUUACAUAAAAUUCUUCCUACAAAGGUAGAUCCUUUAGUAUCCAUGAUGAAAGUAGAAAAAGUUCCUGAUUCAACCUAUGAUAUGAUAGGAGGUCUUGAUUAAUAAGUAAAAGAAGUAAAAGAAGUUAUAGAAUUACCAAUUAAACAUCCUGAAAUUUUCGAGGCAUUGGGAAUCGCAUAACCAAAAGGAGUUCUAUUAUAUGGACCUCCUGGUACUGGAAAAACAUUAUUAGCACGUGCAAUUGCUCAUCAUACUGAUUGUACUUUUAUUAGAGUUUCAGGAAGUGAACUUGUAUAAAAAUAUAUUGGUGAAGGUGCUAGAAUGGUUAGAGAACUUUUCGUUAUGGCUAGAAUGCAUUCCCCUUGUCUUAUUUUUAUUGAUGAAGUCGAUUCUAUUGGAGGAGCUAGAAUAGAUAGUGAUAAGGGAGGAGAUUCUGAAGUUUAAAGAACUAUGCUUGAGUUAUUGAAUUAACUUGAUGGUUUCGAAACUACUAAUAAUAUCAAAAUUAUAAUGGCUACUAAUAGGAUUGAUAUGCUAGACCCUGCUUUAUUAAGACCUGGUAGAAUUGAUAGAAAAGUUGAAUUCCCUAAUCCUACUGUGGAAUCAAGAUAAGAAAUUCUUAAAAUUCAUUCUAAGAAAAUGAAUUUAACUAGAGGAAUUGAUUUAAAGUCUAUUGCUGAAAAGAUGGGAGGAGCUUCUGGAGCUGAAUCUAAAUCGGUUUGUAGUGAAGCUGGUAUGUUUGCUUUGAGAGAAAGAAGAAUACAUGUUACUUAGGAAGAUUUUGAAAUGGCUGUAGCUAAAGUAAUGAAGAAAGAUUUAGAAAAAAAUAUGGCUAUGAGAAAAUUAUGGACAUGAAAAUAUAUUUAAAAUAUACAUAUACAUAAUAUAUAUAUUUAAAAUAAUAAAUUUUAUUUUAUUAAGUUUUUUUUUUUUUUUUUUAAUUUUUAAAUUAUAAAAGAAAAUAAUUUCUAA